UCUUACUUCUGAGGGCGGCGAGGGCAGGGAGCCCGCAGCUGUUUUCAACCGCCGCCGUCCGAAAAGACGACCCGGGACGACCUCCCUCAUGGCUUCGGGCCCCGCGGCCGGCAGCGCGACAGCCGCCCCGCCCCGGCCCGUUACAGCUUCCAGGGGAUGAAGGCAGGGCCGCGCCCCACUGCCCUCCAUUUUUUCCCAGAGCGGAGGAAGCGACGCCGCGCCCCGUUUCUCCUCCUCCCUUUCCCGCUGAGGGCCGGGGCGGCCCGGAGCAGCGGCCGCGUCAGAAGCCCUAGCGGCCACCGCCCCCACCUCCCGAUAGGCCUCAGCUCUGCUCUUCCCCACACGUACGGCAGUCUACCGGCGAAAGGAGCGGGAGUACCGGCCCGGCUGUCAAAUACUCCGACGUUCUCGCAGUGAGACGCGUAGGCCCCGACUGCUGGCGGGCGCGGUGCCAUCUCGGCUCUCCCGCCCCGCCCCACCGGGCGGCGCAAGCGCACUCUCUCUCGCGAAACUGCAUCUCAGAGGUCGGCGGACUCUUUUGGUUGCUGCCGGCCGCCGUCGCGGCGCAGCUGCGUGCGCGGGGAUUGAGGCGGGGUGUGGUGGCCGUGAUGGCGGAGCCCAGCUGAAGUCGUGGUGCGCCUGGCGGAGCCUGAGGAUAAAAGCCCUGGGCUUUACCAGAGACACCUGUUGGUAAACAGAGGAAAGAGCAGUCCUCUUCCACCUGGAUGGAAGUUUUCUCUGUGGAAAGAAGCACUCUCUUGGUUUAUUAUCCAAGAAGAAUUAGACCUUGCUUAAUAAGAAGAUGCCUGCUGCCUGUGAUUCAGUGCUUGAAGAUAUUGAAGAUAUUGUGUCAGCAGAAGAUUUGAAACCACAUGAUCGGCAGUUUGUAAGAAAGAAUGUUUUUCCAAAAGUGCGGAAACGCAAUUCACAAAAAAAUAUUCAGGCAGAUGAUGAUCCUCCAAGUGACAGCAUUAUUCCUGGUGCUCAGAAAAUCUGGAUUCGUACGUGGGGAUGUUCUCACAAUAAUUCAGAUGGUGAAUAUAUGGCUGGACAGCUGGCUGCAUAUGGAUACAAAAUUACAGACAACUCUGCUGAAGCAGAUUUAUGGUUGCUGAACAGUUGUACAGUAAAAAAUCCUGCUGAGGACCACUUCAGAAACUCAAUCAAGAAAGCCCAAGAAGGGAAGAAGAAAGUGGUUCUAGCAGGCUGUGUGCCGCAAGCGCAACCCCGUCAGGACUACCUGAAAGGUUUGAGUAUUAUAGGGGUUCAGCAGAUAGAUCGUGUAGUAGAAGUUGUGGAGGAAACUAUUAAAGGUCAUUCUGUGAGACUGCUGGGUCAGAAAAAGGAUAAUGGAAAACGUUUGGGGGGAGCACGACUGGAUUUGCCAAAGAUUAGGAAGAAUCCGCUGAUAGAAAUAAUUUCCAUCAACACAGGGUGUCUCAAUGCAUGUACCUACUGCAAAACUAAGCAUGCCAGAGGAGAUCUAGCAAGUUAUCCAAUUGAAGAACUAGUGAACAGAGCCAAACAGUCUUUUCAAGAGGGUGUUUGUGAGAUAUGGCUGACCAGUGAAGACACAGGGGCUUAUGGCAGAGAUAUUGGCACAGACCUCCCUACGCUUCUGUGGAAGCUGGUUGAAGCUAUUCCUGAGGGAGCUAUGCUGAGGCUUGGCAUGACAAACCCUCCCUAUAUAUUAGAGCAUCUGGAGGAAAUGGCAAAGAUUCUCAAUCAUCCAAGAGUAUAUGCUUUUCUGCACAUACCGGUCCAGUCAGCCUCUGACAGUGUGCUCAUGGACAUGAAAAGAGAAUACUGCGUGGCAGACUUCAAACAAGUAGUGGAUUUCCUUAAAGAAAAAGUGCCUGGAAUAACAAUUGCUACAGACAUCAUCUGUGGUUUUCCUGGAGAGACAGAUGAAGAUUUUCAAGAAACAAUGAAACUUGUAGAACAGUACAGGUUUCCGAGCUUGUUUAUUAAUCAAUUUUACCCACGCCCAGGAACCCCAGCUGCAAAAAUGCAUCAAGUUCCACCUGCAGUGAAAAAACAGAGAACAAAGGAUCUGUCCCAGCUGUUUCAUUCAUACAAUCCAUAUGAUCAUAAGGUUGGUGAGAGGCAGAGGGUUCUGGUAACAGAAGAAUCCUUUGAUUCCAAUUACUAUGUUGCUCACAAUCCUUUCUAUGAGCAGGUUCUUGUGCCAAAGGAUCCUCUGUUAAUGGGUAAGAUGGUAGAAGUGAAUAUUUAUGAAGCUGGGAAACAUUUUAUGAAGGGACAACCAGUGUCAGAUGCCAGAGUUUACACUGCAUCCAUCACCAGACCGUUAGCAAAAGGAGAAGUUUCUGGUUUAACAGAGGAGUUCAGACACGCACCACAGAAUGGCACAAACUGGAAAGCGCAGCCUUCUGCUGAGAUGCCAGUGAAAACACCGCUCGGCUGGUGGAUGGCUUUGCCGCUCCCAUGGCAACAAGAAGGAGGUGGACUGAAGAUACUGUCUGUCAGCCUGGCUCUACUGGCGGUUCUUGUUAUGUUUUACUAUGGAGGAAUGAAAACAGAACUGUGAACUGAAAGAGGCUUUUAUGAAAACAAUAAAACUGCUGUUUAAAAUCUUCAAAGGAAACACUUUUACCAACAAUUUUUUUUUUAAAAGAAGCUAAUAUAAAUUUGGAAAUAAUUUGUACUCGCCCUAUGCCUUUCCUGUCAUUCAUAGGAGAGAAUGUUAAUAAGCUCUAGGGAGACCUAUCUUGCCAAAAUUUGAGAUCCUUGGUUGGCAGAACAGUUUGUUGCAUCUUUUGUCUUCUUUUUUCUAAAAGGAUGCAAUGUUUGUAUUGCUUAUUCUUUUCAUAACUGCUGUAGCAGGUAAAAUUGCAUGCAGGAAACUCAUUAAAUUUAUAAGAAAUCUUUCCAUUGAGUGAUGUUGAUAAUCUUUUAUGGGCAGAAUAUUUAAAGCUUUCUUAAAGAUUUUGCUUAAUGCAGUGGGAUGGUUUGAUGCGUGUCUUUUUACAUUAGAAUCAAACACUGCUGGGCCAUUAAAGUUUGUCAUUUCUUCCUAUUGAUUUUACUGUCAUGUCAAAGAAUUUUUGGCCUGCCAUCUUGCCUCUCAGAACGUCACAAUGAGUUUCUAGGCUUUGUUAAUACAACAAGAACUAUUUUUUACAUGGAAAUAGUUUUAAAAGUUUUUUUAUCAUUGAAUGGGAAGAUGGCGUUCUGGUAGUAGAGUUCUGUUAAAAGAUGGAUUUAAUGGUCUCUAUAGAUUUUGUAUGAUGCUCAGAGAACUAAAUGUGAAUCUCGUGUUAGCUGUACAUCGGGUCAUGUUGUGUAUAAGACAAUAUUGCUUUGUUACUGAGGAGGUUACAUUUGGCACAUCGCAAAUUUCUAAUUACUUUCUUCAAGCCAUUUUUGUCAUGACAGGAUCCCCAUGCAUCUGGAGAUUGUGGUGGUCAAUCAGCUACUGGACUCUGCCCAGUUCUGCCAGCAGCAGACUGCAUGAUAUUGUUCGUUCGUGCCUUGCCACCUUUCUGGCUCUUCAUCCAAACUUCCACUUGCAAAGUCUGUUUAAAAUCUGAAGAACUGGAACUGUUGGGCUUUUUUUAGUAUGUUUGUGUCAUACCUAGCACAGACAGAGCUGAGCUGCCUACAUGGCUGUUGUGGCUUAACCCCGAUAGGCAGCCAGGUUAACACAAGCCACUCGCUUACUUCAUCCCCCUCCGUGGGACGGGGGAGAGAAUUGGAAGGGUAAAAGUGAGAAAAUUCAUGGGUUGAGAUGAAGACAGUUUAAUAGGUAAAGCAAAAGCCGUGCACGCAAGCAAAGCAGAACAAGGAAAUCAUUCACUACUUCCCCUGAGCAGGCAGGUCUUCAGCCAUCCCCAGGAAGGCAGGGCUCCAUCAAGCAUCACGGUGACUUGAGAAGACAAAUGCCAUCACUCCAAAUAUCCCCCCCUUUCUUCUUCUUCCUCCAGCUUUACACGCUGAUGCCAUAUGGUAUGGAAUAUCCCUUUGGCCAGUUGGGGUCAGCUGUCCCGGCUGUGCCCCCUCCCAACUCCUUGUGCACCCCCAGCCCACUCGCUGGUGGGGUGGUGUGAGAAGCAGCACAGGCCUUGGCUCUGUGUGAGCACUGCUCAGCAGUAACGAAAACAUCCCUGUGUUAUCAACACUGUUUUCAGCACAAACCCAAACCAUAGCUCUGUACCAGCUACUAUGGAGUAAAUUAACUCUGUCCCAGCCAAAACCAGCAGAGUGGCUAUACAGUGCAGAUGAAAAAUCCCCUAGGAAGGAUGCUUGGUACUUUAUAAACCAAGGAUUCCUAGUAGUCACAGACAAUUUAUCCCAGUUCCACAGUGAUGCUUUCAGUGCAAAUGUAACUGUUUUCAGGAAAUCAGGUGUGUAAGGAUUGAAUAUUAUAUUUCUUACUGCAACUACUGAAGGUCAUGAGCCAAAACUCGAAAUUUGUGAGAUUUAAAAAAACCCCAUGUUCUUGAUUUGCUUCUGCUUGUUUUUUUGAGGCUUUACUUUACGACGAGGAAUACAUAAAUCAGUAAUGUACAUUUUUAACAAAUCUGAAAUAUUCAAAAAAAAUCCCACUCAACACUGGGAGCUCAAAUUUUCAGGAAUACCACAUAUCACAAGAUUCGCAGGAAAACUAUGAGUUGACAAAAUCAUUAUAUCUGAGCCAAAUUUUUGCAUUUGAUGGGAAUAAACUAUGCAGAUAUGUUCUAUGCCUCUAGCACACUCUCUGUCAGCCACUCUAGCUUGUCUAAUCAUAGCAAUUACAGACUCAUUGCAUCAGCUGUUACAGAGAUUUACAAAGCUUGUGAUUUAGAUUCUGUGCAUCGCUGGCUUUAAUGGGACCAGCUUAUUUUCUUAGAAAUAAUACAAUAUACAGAAAGAAAGUGAAGAAGACUUUAUAAAUUACAUUGCCCACAGAUGCAGUGUGUUCUUAAACUGAGCUUUAACCUGAUAAGCAAAAAGUAUCUAAUUUCCUUUUGAUACCAAGGAAGCUUCAACCAUUUUUCUUAAGUGUCUGUGGUAGCUCUGUGUUCUUUUUGGCUGUUUUCAGUGGGGAAUCUUGCAAACCACAAGACUUGAAUAGCAAAAACAUCUUAAAUCUCUUCUGAACAACGUUAAGUGCACACUUUUGUAUCCUGCUUUUGCAUGGUUUUGGGUGCUGGAGGACUUUGUCAUUUAAUCUUUUCAUUGUAGCUUUCCAUUAAUGGUAUAUUUGUUUAGAAAAAGAAUAUAAAAUAAAAAAUGUGGUCUAUGUAAUGCUUGUUGUAUGAAGCAGGAGAGAGAAAGGAGGAGAAGAUACCUUUUGAGGAGAGUUCGUCCACCUCUAUCACAUCAUUGCCUGCACAUCUCUGAACAUCUGACAGCUUCUGUUAAUUUAGUUUCACUCCCCAGUUCAGCUUCCCAUAUGGAAAGCUGGAGUGAUUUUUGAAUAACAGCAAGUAAUAUCUGAAGUGGCAGCAACUGGCAACUCUGACAUUGAGUUUGGCUGUGGCCAUUACCCAGAAUCCUUCCGCUCUUCUUGAGAAGCAAUUACAAUUUCACAGGUUGGAAUUAAAAUUCCCUGCGGUAUGCAAUAGAGUAACUGAAACUGUCAAAGUGAUUUCAAGCUGCUAAUCUCUCGCUGCUCGAAGAGUGAAAAUAGAGCCCCUCUUACCCAGGCACAGAUCUGACAACUUAAAAACUCCAGCCUUCCACUACAUUUAAAUACAUAUGGAGAGUGGCUUGAUCUGCUCACAGAGGAUAUCUGUAAAGAUGUUAUGUCUAUGAACAUUUGUGUGUUAUUAACAAGUCUGUCUUUUUUAACUUUAAGAUGUGUGUAACUUCAGGGACUAAGACAAAUAUAAAAGAAGUUUUAUGCAAGACAUCUGAGAAUUUGGAGGAAUGAGUAGGCAUGUGCCUGUUAGUGUGAGGCUUAUUAAAAUCUUUAUUUAUG